AAUAUGUAAACUUGAAUGGUUUGUGUCUUUUUUUCAGAACAAGUGAUCUUUGUAUCUGUAAUUUCUGUGGCUCAAAAGACAAAACUUUCCUUCAAUUCUUUUCACAGACCUGCUGGUUGGGACAAUGAAAAGAAAAUUGCCAUUUUACAUGAAAACUUCACAACAGUGAAACCAGAUGAUGCAUAUGAGGACUUCAUUGCAAAACCUCCUGUACGAAAGUUAGUCCAUGAUAAAGAGCUGGCAGCAGAAGAUGAGCAAGUAUUUCUUAUGAAACAGCAGUCAUUCCUUGCCAAACAGCCAGCAACGCCUACAAGAGCAUCAGAAUCUCCUGCAAGAGGACCUGCAGGAUCCCCAAGAACUCAAGGCAGAGCCGGUCCUGCCAAUGUACCCAGUGCCUCACCAAUAACAUCAGUUAAGAAACCAGAUCCAAAUAUCAAAAAUAAUGCUGCAAGUGAAGGUGUCUUGGCUAGUUUCUUUAACAGUCUCUUGAGCAAAAAGACUGGCUCUCCUGGGAGUCCUGGUGCUGGAGGAGUGCAAAGUACAGCCAAGAAAUCAGGUAUUGGAGUUGUUAUUUGAAAUAUUUUAUUUGACCCGUGUUGGCCUAAAUGUUUGUAUCUUUUAAGCUGAUGAGUGAAGUAGCAGAUCUUGACAGAUGAUGCAGUGCCAAAAUGUGCACAUAAAGUUCUCUUAAGAAACUAUUAUUGCAACUUUGUGACUCAGGGUUUCUAUUAAAGUUGUUAUAACUCAGUUCUCUGAGUGAAAUGUAAACUAACUGUAUUCAGAAGGUGCUAAUCUUUUACAUUAGAGUUCCUUGUCUUCUAGAUGCUUAACUACUACUUAACAGAAGAUCAUUUCAUUGGGUUUAGAAUGUAGUUUCCAGUUAACUACUGAAAUCUCUCAUCAUUCAAAUUUAAAUGAAUUAUAUUAUACAACAGCUUGAAGUUAUCUCCUAAUUAUUUUACUAUUUUAUUAUGAUUCAGCACAUCAAGUGGAUUUGUUCUGUGUAUAUGCCUAUGCCUGCGUUGUAUGAGGUAUUUACUAGUAAGCAAUUACAGUAUUUUAGAUGAAAAUAAACCAAACAAGUAGAAUAGUAUCUAUACAAAAUUAAGCAUUAUCAAGUGCAUGGUUGUUCCAGCCAAUCAUAGAAAUUCACUUCUUUGCUGAUUGCUUUACUGUUCAUUUUCAAUAUUGGCAUUCCCAUCAUGCUGUACACUCAAGAGCCUUCCUUAUCUCCAGAAUUAUUUCACUACUGAAUUAUUGCUAGAUACUCUACUUCUAAUCCUAGAUAUGUGAAUUCAUGUGUAAUUUAAUGAUUAAAACCAGUUUCUGAUAAUGCUUAGAGGAUGGGCUGGGGGAUGGGCUUCAGGCUGGGGGAUGAGCUGCUGGAG